CGACUUCUGGGCUAAGAGUGAAAAGAGAUCAGCGGCAGGUAUGCCAAGACAGGUUUACACUUAAAUCUGGGGCACCGCCUCCCUUCCCGCUGCUGCCUCUGACUUCUGUUCUGCGCCAGUGCGCACGCGCGGACUCAGUCAGAGGAGCCUCGCGCGCUGGAACCACAACUCCCAGAAUGCUCCACGCCGUCGCCACCGCCUUGGACCGCCGUUCUGAGCCAGUGCGCAGGCGCAGACUCAGUCAGCGGAGCCUCGCGUGUAGGGACCACAAUUCCCAGAGUGCUCUGCUCUCUUGUCGCCGCCGCCGAGACCAAGAUGGCCGCGAGACUCGCCGCCUUCUUCAAGAAUGCCUGGGCCAAGGAGCCGGUGCUGGUCGCGUCCUUCACCAUCGCGGGCCUCGCUAUAAUUGUGCCCACCCUCAGCCCCUACACCAAAUACUCCAUCAUGAUCAACAAGGUCACACCCUACAACUACCCAGUGCCCCUCCGAGAUGAUGGGAACAUGCCUGAUGUGCCCAGCCACCCGCAGGACCCCCAGGGCCCAAGCUUGGAGUGGCUGAAGAAACUGUGAGCACCUCCGUUGACAGGGAGGAGGCCCCCUCCCCGGUGGCCCUCAAUAAAAAUGUGAAAACUGA